UCUCAGAUACCAGGAGCUUGUGACUCACAAGCGUUUUGUUUUUGUAGUGACCUCAGCUUGGGAGUAACGUGCAUUUGUUUCCCUUUUCACAGUGAAACUUGAAUAUUAGCGGAUGCCUGAAUAAAGGUUUAUUUUGCAGAAUAUAUGGGUAAACAUUUUAACAAGCUGAGCCAUUCGUUCGCUUAAUAAUGGGUGUCUGCUUAAUGUGCAGCUGAAUAUGACUCGUCGUAGAUCGUUGUUUAUCAAAAGGUCUGCCCCAUAUAUUUUGCUUGGGUCUAGUAAAUACAUUGGAUUGGUCUCCGACCUGAUAGUCAGUUUUUCCUAUAAACCAUCGUUAAACUUGCUCUUUUUGCAUGACUGUGUAUUAGCGAUUCAUUGCAACCAGCUACUGUUGAUACUUAAAUAUUACGUCAGUAGUUUCAGUUUCUUCCUUUUUGACCUACAAACUUCAACACUUAGUACAAAGCUCGACCUAUCGCGUUUCGGUUUAAAUGAAAAUAUAUUCAAAUUACUGUGUGAUGAGGAUGCCAUGUUCAAAUUCUGAAUUACGAGCUCUGUUAAGACAUAGUUUUAAUUCCAAAGAAGUGAAUAUUUCAGAUGCAAUAAGUACAACUUUAUGUUUCAAUGGAGGGAGAAAGUAUCGUCUUGUGUAUUAAAUGCGCAUUCAAUUGCGAGCAAUGAUGAACUUUCUUUAUAUUAAAUUUUCCGGGUUGAUUGUAGUUUAAGGCAUAUAUUGCUUUUUUGAAACAUGAUUACUCACUGAAUUGCCACGUGGUGUUGGCUGGUUUCAUUAAGCUGAGACUACAAUGGAUGUUUUAAACGUUCUGAUCCGGUAUGCAACUGAUCAAGUCUGACACAUAUUACCGAAUGAUUUGUCAAGUAACUACCCACUGUAUCUUUGUUUUAAAACUCUAGCUAGUAAGGUUUUUUUUUAUAGGUAAUAAGUUUUUUUUUUCUGAACCCCUAGUCCUAACAUUAAAGUUUAAUUAACAUUUGUGCCUUUUUCAUAGUUUUUACUUGGGUUCAGCAAAUACUUUGAAUUGGUGUUUGACCUAUCGGUCUGCCUUUCCUCUAAACUAUCACUAAACUAUUUACGUUUGACUGUUUAUUUGCAAUCCUUUGCAAACCAGCUGCCUUUUCUAAUUUAAUAUUGCGUCAGUAGUUUCAAAUAACUUUCUUCCAUUUGACUGACGGACUCUCAACGGCUACAAAACUCGACCUAUCGCGUUUCGGUUAAAAGGAAGAUAUAUUCAAAUUUCUGUGCAAUGAGAAGAAUGCUGCUGCUGUUUUAAUUCAGAUAAGUUGAAAUUUUAGAUGUUAUGAGCGCGUUUCAGGGACUUUCUAAUACCAUUGUCACAGUAGACUCAACAACACUCAAUUUAGUUGUCAUCGGAGGAAGAGAAGUGAAAGACACAGAACGUUUGCAUGGAGACCGUUCAGUACGACGUCUUGUGAAGAAUUGUUUCAGUGUCAGUCUAAACUUUUCAAAAUAGGAAACGAUCGUAAAGCUCUUCAAAUGUUCUAUGCAGCUACAGAUUGAAACUUAAGACUCUGUACAAUGACGGAAGCUGAAGGUUUGAAUACGCCGACACUUGUCGCUAACUGCGUCUUGAACGGCUUCUUGUCUUACACCGCCAUCGUUUUAAAUAUUAUAACAAUACAAGCGCUCAGAAAAACGUCGUCGUUGCCGAAGACUUUAAAAACAUUGCUACUAAGCCUGUCUAUUUCUGAUCUAGGUGUAGGUUUACUUGUCCAGCCACUUUAUGUUGCAUUUCUUACGAUGGAAAUAACUGAAAACAGCAAAAACACUGACAACAUUAUUGCUUAUUGGGCUGUUGUUAAAGCAUAUGUCAUCUCUGAUAGUUUAUUCGCUUUUGCCUCAUUUUUUGGUGUUUUCGCGAUAACUGUUGACAGAUUCUUGGCCAUUCAUCUUCAUCUCAGAUACCAGGAACUUGUGACUCAUAAGCGGGUUGUUGCUGCGGUGAUCUCAUUCUGGGUGUUCAGUGUAAUUGCUUGCUUCGGGUAUGAAAAAUCGAUUAUUGUUUUGUCCGUUAUGUCAGUUGUUUGUAUCAUAACUACAGGAUUGCUUUAUUGCAAGAUAUACGCAGCCGUGAGACACCACACAAACCAGAUUCGCCUUCUGCAAGUACCUGAACAAGAAGCUCAGAAUGGGGACAUGGCAAAUGCCACAAGGUUCAGAAAAACUGCCGUUGCUACAUUUUACGUGUAA